AUGAGCUCGACACCAGCAUCAAGUGAGCACGGUGUCGUUCAGAAGUAUGAUCGCUGUCUAGCAGAUCUAAUUGUGAAGUCUGGCAUCGGCUUUGGGGUCGGCGUGGUUGCUUCAGUUAUUUUCUUUCGACGUCGUGCAUGGCCUAUUGCUCUCACUACCGGUUUCGGCGCUGGCAUAUCAUACGCUGACUGUGACAGGAGUUUCAAUCCUGCCCGCAUUCCUGGCACCCGUAUCAUCCCAUCCACAGAGUCAAAAUGAAUUCACUCUCAUCGAACGCACCUCAAUUAUGUGGUCCUCCGUUGAUCGUUCUGAGCGACACCGACUUGGUCAACGUUUGCCUGCUGAAAUAGACUUGUCCGCAUAGCCUGUGUGUCUUCGGGACGCGGUAGUUUACGCUGUUCUUCGCCCAGAUACAUGCGUCUGUAUAGAAUAAACUAUCCAUUUAAUUCGCGUAGUUACUACCAGCAACUCCUGUGCUUAAAAAAACCUCGAACUGAGAUACUCACUGUUGU